UUAAAAAUAAAAUAAAAUAAAAUGUUGAAAUCCAAAAUGAUCGGCGGCUAUGUUGAAAAUUGAUUUGAUUUGAUUUGAUUUGAUUUGAUUUCACCCUAAUCUUUUAACCUAAGCGGCUAACCAGGGUUAAUAUACAAACCACGGGCGCACAUGCAGCGGUUGGACUUGGGCGGAUCGGAUCGGAUCGGAAGCCAAUUUAGCCCCCAUUUUCUUCAACAAGGAAACAAAACGAAACAAGCUUGGUUUCAUCUAUCUAGCAGAUCCUUAGGUCAGUGGUUUUGUUGCCAAUUCGGGAACCCAGGAUGAUAUGAUGAUGAUUUGUGGUGUUUGAGAUCUCGGAGUGAGUGCUGUGGCUGUCUAGUUGGUUGGGGAUCUAGCGGGAGAGUAUUAUUGGAUGGGUUUUAGUGCGCCUUGCACAAAUUUCUGUGAUUAUUCGGUGUUCGACACAGGGAGGACUAGAUUUGUGUUGUGUUUCUUCUGUUGAAAGAGUUGGGGUUGUUGUUUUCCAAUUUGUGUGGGACGUUGUGUGUUAUGAAGGUAGGAUUUGGUAUGGCGGAUGUUGGGUGGAAUAAUGAGGAUAAGGCCAUGGCGGCUGCAGUUUUGGGGACUAAGGCUUUCGAUUACUUGAUUUCAAGCUCAGUCUCUGCUGACUGCUCGUUGAUGACAAUGGGGAAUGAUGAGAAUUUGCAGAACUGGCUUUCAGAUCUAGUGGAGCACCAAAAUUCCAGUAAUUUCUGUUGGAAUUACGCUAUCUUUUGGCAGCUUUCAAGAUCAAAAACCGGAGACUUGGUUUUGGGGUGGGGGGAUGGGUGCUGUCGAGAGCCCCGUGAAGAUGAAGAUUCUGAAGUUACACGUAUUCUCAGAAUCAAAUUUGAGGGUGAAUACCACCAAAAAAUGCGAAAAAGGGUUCUCCAGAAGCUGCAUAUUUUGUUCGGGGGAACUGAUGAGGAUGGCUAUGCUUUUGGAUUGGAUAAGGUUACUGAUGUCGAAAUUUUGUUCCUGGCGUCGAUGUACUUCUCCUUCCCCUCUGGGGAAGGGGGCCCUGGGAAGUGUUUUGGAUCCGGGAAGCAUCUCUGGUUGUCGGAUGUUUUGAAAACUUCGGUAGAAUAUUGUGUUCGAUCAUUUCUUGUCAAGUCUGCCGGCAUGCAAACCAUUGUUUUGAUUCCAACGGAUGUCGGUGUUGUUGAAUUGGGUUCGGUCAAAUGUAUCCCCGAAGAUAUGGAGCUAUUGAAUGCCAUUAAAUCUUCCUUCUCUUCGUCAUCACCACUUUUUGGUGCUAAGAAAGGCCUGCCGGCUUUGGCAAUAAAUGACUCGAAAAAGGGGGAUGCUCGAAUUGCAAGUUUGGCAGCUGGCAAUCAUGCCGAAAUGGUUCCCAAAAUAUUUGGGCAAGAUUUAUAUUCUAGUCAAUUGCAGUUUAGGGAAACACUUUCUGCCCGGAAAUUAGAUGAAAAGAAGUCCGAACCACAACCAAACAAGAAUGUCAUGCCUUUCACCAACAUUCGGAAUUGUUUUCAUUCUACGGCAUGGCCAAAAUACAGCAAACUGAAGCCUGACGGCAUGGUAGAGAUUCAAAGACCCCAGUCCCCAGCCAAAAACCUUCACGAGCUUGCCAAUAGAACAAGGGAUGAUUAUCGACAUACUUUUCAGCGUCAAAAGUCAUCCCCACAAAUGCAGAUUGAUUUUGGCGGAGCGCCCUCAAUGCCCAAACCGCAGAGUGUCGACUCUGAGCAUUCAGACGUUGAGAUCUCCUGCAGGGAGGAGCCUGCGGGGAUAUCAGAAGACAGGAGACCUAGGAAGCGUGGUCGGAAGCCAGCAAAUGGAAGAGAGGAGCCCCUAAAUCAUGUCGAGGCAGAGAGGCAGCGACGAGAGAAAUUAAACCAGCGAUUCUAUGCGCUUAGAGCAGUUGUUCCGAAUAUUUCCAAGAUGGACAAAGCCUCCCUUCUGGGAGAUGCUGUUACUUACAUAACCGAACUGCAGAAGAAGCUGAAGGACAUGGAGUCGGAGAGGGAAAGGCAAGGAAGCAUCAUGUCCACGGAAGUCUCAGCUUCAGAUGCCGAAAUCCCAUCAUGGGUUCCCAGCAUCGACAUCCAGACCAACCACGAUGGAGAAGUUACCGUGAGGGUGAGCUGCCCGUUGGAUACCCACCCUGUAUCAAGGAUCGUGCGGGCUAUAAAUGAUGCACAGGCAACUAUCAUUGAUGCAAAACUUGCUACUGCAAACGACAAGGUGUUUCACAUUUUUAUUGUCAAGUCUCAUGGAUCGGAAAAGCUAACUAAAGAGAAGCUCACAGAAUCAUUUUCAGAUAAGAACAAUUCCCCACAGCAGUCGGCGGCUGUUCGGCAAUUGAUAUGAAUAUUAUUGUUUACUAGGUAAAACUAUAAUGCUUACUACACCAAUAUGGUAAUCUUAUGCCAAAGGUUUUGAUAAUAUAUAUAUAGCUUUUACUUCCAGGUUAGGAAAGAAUGUCUAUUGACCAGUAAGUACAGUGAUUAAAAUUAUUAUUAAUUUUUUUUUUUGGGUAUAUAUGUUGUCAUAUGUGGUUCUGGAAGAUUAGUUAUACAGACUUUGUUGUAGCCCUUUUGGUGCCAGAAUUCUCAUUCCAUUUUGAUUCAUGUAGCUGGUUUAUUGUUGGAUCUUA